UGCAGACAGUUUGCGCACUGUUCACUUCAGCAUGCGCUGACCCCGUUCUGUCAUUUUACGUGGCCUACCACUUCGUGGCUGAGUUGCUGUUGUUCUCAGUUGCUUCCACUUUGUUAUAAUACCACUAACAGUUGACCGUGGAAUAUUUAGUAUCUAGGAAAUGUCACAGAUGGACUUAUUGCACAGUGGCAAACCUAACCUAUCACGGUAUUUGAGAGCAAACCAUUCUUUCUCAAACGUAGAAGCAGUCUGCAUGCCUAGGUGCUUGAUUUUAUACACCUGUGGCCAUGGAGGUGAUUGGAACACCUGAACCCAAUGAUUUGGAGGGGCGUCCCAAUACUUUUGGCAAUAUAGUGUAUAAUAUAGCU